AUGGAUGCCGCAGCAGGGUGGGGGCCACGUAAGCUGAUCAUAGUGCGCAUGCAUAAGGAGGGCGGUGUAGCCCUCGGCUCCUGCCUGGAUUGGUCCGCAAGCACACCUGCAUCGCCCAUCUUCUAA